GUUCGCUCCCGCAUCUCGCGAGGUUUGGCGGGAUUCUCUGAGGGGAGAAGGGGUUUCUUUCCCUUUCGCUGUUUCCCCCCCUUUUUCCUGUCAGGAAACGGGCCUGGCCGGGGAGCGGUGAGUGGCGCCGGCGGAGGCAAGGCUAGAAGAGCAUUGCUAAAAUGUCUGAUAGUGAGGACAGUAAUUUCUCUGAAGAUGAGAGCGAGCGGAGCAGUGAAGCGGAAGAGGUAGAGGAGAAUGAGGCAGAAGAACAUGCCAGUGCUGUAGGCAGUGAGAAAGAAGAAGUGGAGGAAGAGGAGGAGGAAGAGGAAGAAGAUGACUACGAUGAAGAGGAGGAGGAAGAAGAUGACGACCGGCCAGCAAAGAAACCCAGACAUGGAGGCUUUAUUUUAGAUGAAGCUGAUGUAGACGAUGAGUAUGAAGAUGAAGAUCAGUGGGAAGAUGGUGCGGAGGACAUCCUGGAGAAAGAAGAAAUUGAAGCAUCCAAUAUUGAUAACGUGGUUCUGGACGAGGACCGCUCUGGGGCACGGAGACUGCAAAACUUAUGGAGGGACCAACGGGAGGAAGAGUUGGGAGAGUACUACAUGAAGAAAUAUGCCAAAUCCUCUGUGGGCGAGACAGUGUACGGUGGCUCUGAUGAGCUCUCUGAUGACAUCACGCAGCAGCAGUUGCUUCCCGGAGUCAAGGAUCCCAACCUUUGGACUGUGAAAUGUAAGAUUGGAGAGGAGCGGGCCACAGCCAUUGCCCUGAUGAGAAAGUUCAUCGCCUACCAGUUCACGGACACACCCUUGCAGAUCAAAUCGGUUGUAGCUCCUGAACAUGUGAAAGGCUACAUCUAUGUCGAAGCCUACAAACAGACCCACGUGAAGCAGGCCAUCGAGGGGGUGGGCAAUCUGCGCAUGGGCUACUGGAACCAGCAGAUGGUGCCCAUUAAGGAGAUGACAGACGUACUGAAGGUGGUGAAGGAGGUGACCAACCUGAAGCCCAAGUCCUGGGUCCGGCUCAAGAGGGGCAUCUACAAAGACGACAUUGCACAGGUGGAUUAUGUGGAGCCAAGUCAGAAUCAGAUCUCGUUGAAGAUGAUCCCGCGCAUUGAUUUUGACCGCAUCAAAGCCCGCAUGAGUCUGAAAGACUGGAUUGCAAAACACAAGAAAUUCAAGCGCCCCCCACAGCGUCUCUUUGAUGCUGAGAAGAUCCGGUCUCUGGGCGGAGACGUGGCCUCGGAUGGGGAUUUCCUCAUCUUUGAAGGGAACCGCUACAGCCGGAAAGGCUUCCUCUUCAAGAGCUUUGCUAUGUCUGCUGUGAUCACAGAAGGAGUAAAGCCCACUCUGUCGGAGCUGGAGAAAUUCGAAGAUCAACCAGAAGGCAUCGACUUGGAGGUGGUCACGGAAAGCACAGGGAAGGAGCGGGAGCACAACUUCCAGCCUGGGGACAACGUGGAGGUGUGUGAAGGGGAGCUGAUCAACCUGCAAGGGAAGAUCCUGAGCGUGGAUGGCAACAAGGUCACCAUCAUCCCGAAGCACGAAGACCUCAAGGACAUGUUGGAGUUCCCAGCUCAGGAACUGCGUAAAUACUUCAAGAUGGGAGACCAUGUGAAGGUGAUAGCCGGCCGCUUUGAGGGCGACACAGGGCUGAUUGUGCGCGUAGAAGAAAACUUUGUCAUCCUUUUUUCUGACCUCACAAUGCACGAGCUGAAAGUCCUCCCCCGGGACCUGCAACUCUGCUCGGAGACAGCCUCCGGUGUGGACGUGGGUGGCCAGCAUGAGUGGGGGGAGCUGGUGCACCUAGACCCACAGACUGUUGGGGUCAUCGUCCGUCUGGAGCGGGAAACAUUCCAGGUCCUCAACAUGCAUGGCAAAGUGGUGACAGUCAGGCACCAGGCUGUGAACAGGAAGAAGGACAACCGUUUUGCAGUUGCUCUGGACUCUGAGCAGAACAAUAUCCAUGUGAAGGACAUCGUGAAAGUGAUUGAUGGUCCACACUUGGGUCGUGAGGGGGAGAUCCGUCAUCUCUACCGGAGCUUUGCUUUUCUGCAUUGCAAGAAGCUUGUGGAAAAUGGGGGCAUGUUUGUGUGCAAGACUCGCAACUUGGUUCUGGCUGGAGGCUCAAAGCCCAGGGACGUCACAAACUUUACCAUUGGAGGGUUUGCACCCAUGAGCCCUCGGAUCAACAGUCCUAUGCACCCCAGCGCAGGAGGUCAACGCGGUGGCUUUGGAGGGGGCGGAAUGAGCCGGGGCCGUGGGCGCAGAGACAAUGACCUCAUUGGGCAGACCGUGCGGAUUUCCCAAGGGCCAUACAAGGGCUACAUUGGCGUGGUCAAAGACGCCACAGAGUCCACUGCCCGCGUGGAGCUACAUUCCACCUGCCAGACAAUCUCAGUAGACCGGCAGCGUCUCACCACCGUUGGCUCAAAGAGGCCAAGUGGCACGACCUCAACUUAUGGGCGGACUCCCAUGUAUGGCUCUCAGACUCCCAUGUAUGGCUCAGGGUCUCGCACGCCUAUGUAUGGCUCACAGACUCCAUUGCAUGACGGCAACCGGACUCCUCACUAUGGCUCUCAAACGCCAUUGCAUGACGGCAGCCGGACUCCUGCACAGAGCGGGGCUUGGGACCCCAAUAACCCAAACACUCCCUCCAGAGCCGAGGAAGAGUUUGACUACGGCUUUGAUGACGAGCCCACCCCUUCUCCACAAGGCUAUGGGGGAACUCCUAACCCGCAGACUCCAGGCUACCCUGAUCCUUCAUCCCCGCAGGUUAACCCGCCAUAUAACCCUCAGACGCCUGGGACCCCGGCCAUGUAUAACACAGACCAGUUUUCUCCAUACGCAGUUCCAUCCCCUCAGGGCUCCUACCAGCCAAGUCCCAGCCCUCAGAGUUUCCAUCAAGUGGCACCCAGUCCUGUAGGCUAUCAAAACACCCACUCGCCAGCCAGUUACCACCCAACGCCGUCGCCUAUGGCCUACCAGGCUAGCCCGAGCCCCAGCCCAGUUGGCUACAGCCCCAUGACCCCAGGGGCUCCCUCUCCAGGAGGGUACAACCCUCAUACCCCUGGCUCUGGAAUCGAGCAGAGCUCCAGCGACUGGGUCACCACGGACAUCCAGGUCGUCGUUCGUGAUACGUGCUUGGACAGCCAAGUCGUGGGGCAGACGGGAGUCAUCCGCAGCGUAACAGGCGGGAUGUGUUCAGUCUACCUUAAGGACAGCGAGAAGGUGGUCAGCAUUUCCAGUGAGCAUCUGGAGCCUGUCACACCAACCAAGAACGAUAAGGUCAAGGUCAUCCUGGGAGAGGACAGAGAGGCCACUGGGGUCCUGCUGAGCAUCGAUGGAGAGGAUGGCAUUGUCCGCAUGGACUUGGAAGAACAACUGAAGAUCCUCAACCUCCGUUUCCUUGGCAAGCUGUUGGAGGCAUAGAGCGGACAGAGAUUAACUUUGUGCGUGCGCACACGUGUUGCGGGUUUUAUUUUUUAGAGCAUUGCCUGCAGACUGGUGCAAUGUGUCUUUGUACAGAUGGGCUCAUGACAUGUCCCCCCCCCCUUAAUUUUUUUGUAGCUCAGCAAAUGUGUGGGUUUCAGGAAUGGGAGCAACCUUUCUCUUUUGCAUUGUAAGUACAGGGGCCUCCACAGGAGAGGCAUGGUACGUAGAGGAUCGGGCAGCUUUGCUUUCUUACAGCGCUUUAUGUCUUCCCGUGAGACAGAACCAACCAGUUUGUUGUUUGUUGCAAUAAAAUCUUCCCAUGCGUUCUACAUGCA